AUGAGCUCUGAACAAAUGGAACAUUCACAACAAUUUCUUCGUCCAAUACCUCCUCCUUUGAACACCAAUUUUUCACAAUUAUUAAUGCCCCAGAAUGGUAGUAAUUUUGCCUCAUCGUCAUAUCAAACCGAUAAUCUUGAUGAUGGUUCUGGUCAUCGGCGAAGAGAUAGCAACGUUUCAACAAUGUCUAUACAAUUAUAUGAUGUAGGAUCUGGUCAUCAACGACGUGAUAGUAAUGUAUCUAGCAUGUCAAUGCAAUUAGAUACACCUACACCUUCUAGUGGAACGGAGUCUGGCAAUGAGGAGGAGAAUAAAUCAGCAUUCUAUCCCUUUACAUUUUCACCAAAACCAUUAACCAUGUCCAGGCCAAGUACACCAACCACACCGCCUCCUUAUCCUUCAAGCUUUUACUCUGCACCAACAGCAAGAACUAGUGUGUCCUCAUUAAUAUCUCAUCAUCCACAACGUAUGAGGAGAAUGAGUUUAGAUAUAAGUAUAGAAAUUGGCUCUCUGAAUUAUUCAUCUGAUGGAAAAAUUGAUAAACCAUCACCAAUGCACCGAGCUGUUAGAGCAAGGAGAGCAUCUCUUUUGCCUAAAACUAGAUCUUUUCAACGAGUUGCUAAUGAACUUCAGGAAGAAGCGCGUCCGAUUGAGGCCGAAAUCAAACAAGAAUAUAAAACUACCAAAGUUCUCAAAAAUGAAUCUGAUAAUACUAUGGACACUGGAAAACUGUCAGAGGAAUUUCUAAAUAAUUGGAUAAAGUUCCGUGAUGUCCAACCUUCACCACCGCCAUAUACCGCUUCGAGAUUAAAUCCAGAAAUUGAACUUGCGUUCCGUCAAGAUACACCUUCACCUACAUCCACUGUUGGCCCAUGGCCGUCUUGUAGUCGUAUAAAACGAAAAGCAUCAGAUGAUCGAUUUGAGCCAUAUUUCAAUCCAAAACGACGUGCAGUUUCACCAAGUUUAGUCGGUAGUCCUCCUGUUGUCUCGGGACUUUCGUCACCAUCAACUAUUGGAUCCCCAUCUUAUUCCUCAUGUGCAACUGGUUUAUCCAGUAGUUGUGGAGUAGGUGGGAAUAGUAGCACGCCAGCAUCAAAGGGACAAAUCAAAGGUAAUAGUAGUUUGGCCAAUCUUCAUGAUGCCAAUGGAAGUUUUAGUAGAAUGAAUUUAAAUGGAGAGUAA